AUGUAUGCGCGGUCGACGAACGGAGAGCGCCCGCGUUGCGCCGCGCUGCGCCACGGCGAGACCCCCUUCCCCCCGCCGCCGCCGCCGCCGCCGCCACCUACGCCACCGCCGCCGCUGCCGCAAGCUGCCCCAAGCUGCCCCGCCGGCCGCGACCACUCCUCCCGCGAACCCGCAGGCAGCCCCUGCCAAUCGGCCUCAGUAGGCGAUGUUCGAUUAUCAUCUGGAGGAAGUUGUGUGCGUGACGAUGAACAGAAAGCCCUGAGCGCGAGCGUGCGCGUGUGCGCGCGCGUGCGCUCGGCCGGCAGGACAGCGCUCCCGCUGCGGCGGGACGGGACGGGACGGGGCGGGGCGCGGCCCCCGCCCACGCCCAGCGCCCCGCCUUGUUUACAUUCAGUGGCUUAUGGUCCUGAUUGGGCCCCAUGCCCCGGGGCCCUGGUCUAUUGCAUUCGUGCAACCGCCCAGCCCCGCCCCGCCCCGCCCUCCGCCCACGCAGCCUCUGAGCGCCUGCACCGCUCGACAUCGAUCUCCGCGGGCCAAGUGGGGCGGAAGGCCCCGGGCGCGGCCCGCCCGCGCUGCGCCCAUCACACGCCCCGCUGCGCCGCCUCCGCCCCGCCCCGCCCCGCCCACCACAGCCCCGCCCGAGGGGAUCGCGCCCUUUAA